UUAGUGGCAGUUCAAAAAAUAUUAGUCUUCAUCAAACUAGUCAAAUAAACGUGCUUUUUUAUUUUAUUUAGUUUAGUGUGCGAUGGAAAAUCACUAAACGUCAUUAUUUCAACUAUAACGAGUUUUAGUGAACCUAAUUGAUAUUUAAUACGAGCGCUAUCGUUUGAUAUUUUACGAGUAAUUAAUAUAUUUUAAACAAGAGCGUAAAUUAGUUUUUGAUUUAAUUCGAGUUGUGAAGUUGUUUGAGUGAUUGGGUGAUCAAAUAUUUAAGUUGUUUUAUUAAAUGUUAUUAGUAAAUAAUUUUGUGAGCAUCAGUUCAAACAAGAUUAAUCUAAAAAUAUAUUAUUGCUAACAAAAUAUUUUAUUCAAUUAAAUAUUAUUCGCAUAAAAGUCUACCUACGCGUAACGCGAAGCAAUAUUUUUCUAAUUAUAGACCAGACAAACAAUUUAUUGCAUUUGAUUUCGAAGAGCGAUUUCGGAUCCGCGCACGCGCCGACGUCGCUAUCCGGUACUCUUUACUGACGCACGUCAAAAUAAAAACUAUAGAUUUAUCGAUUAACUCUGACUAGAAUAACAAGCUAAAACACGGAGUGUUCAAUGUGAAAAAAAAACUUAAAAAAAUGUGUGAUUGUUAACAAAAAAAAUUGUGUGACAAAAAAGUGGUUUAAAAAUUCACCUGCUAAAAAACUCAAACUUUAAAAAAUAUGGGUUGUGAAUUAGCAAAAUUAGCAGCUUCGGAGCGUCAUCACGAUGCUAUCAUCAACAGCCCCCCACCGGCUGGUGACCCCAGGUCACCCCUGACUCCUAAACAACAGUACUGCAUGCUGGCUUCAUGGAAAGGAAUCUUCAGACAAAUAGAGAAGACUGGCAUUUUAUUAUUUAUCAAAUUAUUCGAAGAAAACAAAGAUUUACUACAUCUAUUUGAGAACUUCGGCGAGCUCCACACGGCUGAAGCUCAGAUGAGUUCCGAGGAGUUAGCAGAGCAUGCUACGAAGGUGAUGCAUACCCUGGAUGAGGGAAUCAAGGGUUUGGGAGACAUUGACGCCUUCUUCGCGUAUAUCAGGCAUGUUGGCGCCACGCACCAUCAGGUGCCUGGGUUUAAGGCUGAGAAUUUUUGGAAAAUCGAGCAGCCAUUUCUUCAAGCGGCUAAAACGACGCUGGGCGACCGGUACACGCCAAACAUCGAAAAUAUUUACAAGAAGACUAUCAAAUUCAUAUUAGAAAACUUGGUUAAAGGGUAUGAAGAAUCAGGGGUAGAAAAUGGCAAAGGACAAUCUUGACAGAAGAGACUUAAAAAUAUAGAUUUUUUUAUCAAUAUACACUUACCCGAACAAAAACAUGGAAUCGCCCCCUUGCGCUAUACAAAUACAACGAUUGCCAAUGAUACAAUAUUUACAGUUAAAUGUACCAUUACCCUUAAUUAAGAGAUAAAAGUAUAGGCUUUCAAACAAGACCAUAAACAUUUAACUGUAAAUAUUGUAUCAUUGGCAAUCUUUGUAUUUGUAUAGCGCAAGGAGGUGGUUCCAUUUUUUUGCUCGUGAGUGUAUAAACUGUUAGUCAGCGUUUUACCUAUAGUACAUGAUAUGAGGUAAUUCACGUAGUAGUGAAAAGAUUACACCACAUUUAAAUUGAAUUAAGUAGAUAUAAGUAUUGAGUAUGAUUAUUUUUGGAUAUCUGGGGAUUUAUUAGUAAAAUUGUAAUUACCUUUUUAAUAAGUAAUUAGAAUAGAGUACUGUAGUAAUAGAUUUAUAUGCUGGUAAGAUACCUAAUCAUAUAUUAUAACUGUAGGUAAUAAAAUUAUAGUUACCUUUGAUAUUUGUGUGUUAGAGUUAAAACGGUAUCGACUUCUACAUAAAUAAUUUCUUCUUGAAUAUUCGAAUACUUUUUUCCGAUUCAUUACAUUUCUACCUCAUUUCUUCACAAAUCAGAUCUUCACUAAGAUACUUAACUAAGUUUAAACGACUUUUUCUAUCCAGAAAUCUCAUAUUUCAGUGAACAUGGGAAAAGAAUAUAUUCACUUUCAUAAACAGUGAAGUUAGGAUCUCUGCCAAGACCUUAGUCCAAGUUUUGCCAAGUUUUAGCUCUAACUUACAGACGCCGUAAGUAUUAUUUAAGUUUUUUCUUGGUCCAAAAAUGGUAUGUUUAUUUUUGCAGCUUUUUAUUCUAUUAAACUAGAUUAUUUGAAAAAAUAUCUUUAUUGUAUCCUAUUUAAAUAAAUAGGUUAAGUUGCUUUUUAAUAGUUUUAAAAUAAGUUGACUACCUAUAUCCUUAUUUACAUAUUGUCACAAGCUGCCAACCUAAGAAGAUGUCCACUACCUUUAAUCAGUCAUUUAAAUCCUAGAUAAUCUUUUCUAUAAUUGCAAAGUACCUAAAGCAUUUUGCAUAUAGCUACUUAAAAGCGACAACAAACAAAAACCCACAAAAUUAAAUUAAAAUAUUAUUUGCAAACUCAGAAGAUUUUCACUGAAAUUCUUUCAUCAUAUUUUCAGUCGUUGAAUGUAGAGUGACUGAUUUAUUCACCGCGAACAUUCAAUAUGAAUUUGUGAUUUCUUUCCUGGACGGCCAUUAUGGAUUCAGAGGUCACGAGUUCCACGUCCAAAUUGUUUUGGCGAAUCUCUUCACUGAUUUUCGGACGGAAAUUUUUGAAUUUGGAAUGUGGAAUUAUAAAAAAAUGUGUUGUUUGUUUAUGAUUAUUUCAAUGGAUUUAGUUUGUGGUUGUGUAUUUAAAUAACUUAUGUAUAUGUUACCAAUAUAAAAAAGAGGAUCGUUUUUGUUUGUUCACUGAACCGAUUUGAAAAGAACUUCGGGACGUUAGGUAAAACCGCGGAAAACAGCUAGUCGUUAUUUUUUUUUAAUGGGUUUACUUUGUCAGACUAUUAGUAUUGUGUUCAUGGAGAUUUGUUUGUAUGAAAAAUCGAACAAAAUCAAAAUCCUAUCCAUUUAUUUAAAUAGUCAACGUACACAUACAUUGCAAGUACAUUAUAAAUAAGAAUACCUAAUGUGUUUUUCUCAACUUAAUUUAGAACCUAACUAAGUUAGAUAAGUCAGUUAUAAGUACAUGGUAAUUAUGUGUAUUUGUAUAUGCUUCAAUAUACUAACAAAUAAUUGACAUAUACAAUUAACUUUUUUAGCUUAAGUGCUUAAUUGAAACAUCCCACUGGAGUCCGGUUGUUUUUAUCCAAUGUGUAUCAGUUAUUUUAAGCCCUUGCAUUUUUUUCUUUCUGGUUUUUUCGUAAAAUAAUGUUUUAUGUUAUCUACAUGUGUUAAUUAUUUGCAAGUUUAAAAAAAACUUAAAUACAAUUUGGAAUAAUAAUUUAUAUUUUACUUAUAAUUGUUUUAUAUUUAAUAAUGGUAAAUAUGGUUUAAUUUUUAAGUAGAUAUAUUAGAUUUUUGGAUGAAUUUGAAUAUUCUGGUCAAUAUGUUUAU